GUUCCGUCCAGAUAGGCGGGGACAACUCAAAGCAGGGAGGGGCUUCCAGGUCACAGUGAAAUCCCAAAAAGAGAAGCAACAUGGACAUGGCGUUUCUGAGGUUGCAGUCAAAUUUGGUGAUAUGUAGCCACAGGUGAUGGAAAAGGAUAAUACAAGUUCUUUCGAAGGCUUCAUCCUGGUGGGCUUCUCUGAUCGUCCCCACCUAGAGUUGAUCGUCUUUGUGGUUGUCCUCAUCUUUUAUCUGCUGACUCUUCUUGGCAACAUGACCAUUGUCUUGCUUUCAGCUCUGGAUUCCCAGCUGCACACACCACUGUAUUUCUUUUUGGCAAACCUCUCAUUCCUGGACAUGUAUUUCACCACAGGUUCCAUCCCUCAGAUGCUCUACAACCUUUGGGGUCCAGAUAAGACCAUCAGCUAUGUGGGUUGUGCCAUCCAGCUGUACUUUGUCCUGGCCCUGGGAGGGGUGGAGUGUGUCCUCCUGGCUGUCAUGGCAUAUGACCGCUAUGCUGCAGUCUGCACACCCCUGCACUACACCGUCAUCAUGCACCCCCGUCUCUGUGGACAGCUGGCUUCAGUGGCAUGGCUGCGUGGCUUUGGCAAUUCUCUCAUAAUGGCACCCCAGACAUUGUUGCUACCCCGCUGUGGGCACAGACGGGUUGACCACUUUCUCUGUGAGAUGCCAGCACUAAUUGGUAUGGCCUGUGUAGACACCAUGAUGCUUGAGGCACUGGCUUUUGCCCUGGCAAUCUUUAUCAUCCUGGCACCAUUCAUCCUCAUUCUCAUUUCUUAUGGUUACAUUGCAGGAACAGUGCUUAGGAUCAAGUCAGCUGCUGGGCGAAAGAAAACCUUCAACACUUGCAGCUCCCAUCUAAUUGUUGUCUCUCUCGUCUAUGGUACAAUCAUAUACAUGUACCUCCAGCCAGCAAAUACUUAUUCCCAGGACCAGGGCAAGUUUCUUACCCUUUUCUACACAAUCGUCACUCCCAGUGUUAACCCCCUGAUCUAUACACUAAGAAACAAAGACGUUAAAGAGGCCGUGAAGAAGGUGCUAGGGAAGGGGAGUGCAGAAAUAUAGUAAGGGGUGAUUAAAUUUUGGGAUUGUCUUUUGACCCAUCUUCUAUAUACGUUGUUAGACCUAGCAAAUAUAGGAAUGUUUUGGCAUUGCAGACUGAAGAGGCAUUUAAUGAGAUGGGGGAAUUCAAUGGUUUACCUAGGUCAAGAAAAUAGGGGCUGGGAGCAGUGGCUCAAGCCUGUAAUCCCAGCGCUUUGGGAGGUGGGAAUAUUGCUUGAGUCCAAGAGUUUGAGACUAGCCUGAGCAACAUAGUGAGACCCCCAUCUCUACAAAAAAUUUAAAAAGUUAGCCGGGCAUGGUGGUGCAUGCCUACAGUCCCAGCUACUCAGGAGUCUGAGGUGGGAGGAUUGCUUGAGCCUGGGAAUUUGAAGCUACAGUGAGCCACGUUUGUGCCACUGCACUCAGUCUGGGUGACAGAGCAAGACCCUGUCAGAGAGAGAGAGAGAGAGAAGAAAGAGGAAAGAAAGAAAAGAAAGAAAGAAAGAAAGAAAGAAAGAAAGAAAGAAAGAAAGAAAGAGAGAAAGAGAGAAAGAAAGAAAAAAAUGUAAUAUUCCUCCUGAGUUGACAAUCACUUGUAUUCCUUUCAAGUCCUUCUAAAUCAAGCAUUCAUCACCAGAAGCCUCCAAAAUAUUGGCCGUGAAUGUAGACACUAGGCAUUUUUGUUCUCAUACCAGUUUCUAUCACAAUUAUUUC